AUGGUUGGGAUUGGGCCUGCGAGUCGAUUUCUUUUGGCGAGCUCGAUGGUUGGGAUUGGGCCUGGGAGUCGAUCUUGGACUCAGGUGGCAACUGUGGCUGAUGUUUACAUUGCUAAGAAGCUAUCCAAAUUAGGUAAAUGUUUUGCCUUUGUUCGUUUUAUUAAAGUUUCAGAUGAGAAAUUGUUGGAAAUAAAGAUUAGAGAAAUUUGGUUGGGUUCAUACCACCUGUUUGUUUCACUAGCUCGUUUUCAACGAGAAUCUGAUCGUAAGAGGCAAUCUGAUUCACAUGUACAUGGUGAUCAGGUGGUGUCCAAAAUUAAUGGGAAGGGGCAAGAAUCAUAUGCGACUGUGGUUAAGGGGGGCAAGGGCAUGCAUGAGCUGAAAGAGCCUAAAUCUACUGUUUGUACUUUGUCUGGGAAGGAAAUAUGCAAUAAUAUGUCCUUAAAGGCUUCGAUGUUUGCGAAACUCAGGGAUAUUAGAUUGAUUCAAAAUUUGUUUGUUUUAUUGAAAGAAGAAGGCUUUGAUGCUCUUCAAAUCAAGUAUGUUGCUAGUGAUUGGGUAUGUUUGACAUUUUUGUCUGAAGAAGUCUGCGCCAGGUUCAAGAAAUGUAAUGGUAUUAAGGCCUAUUUUUCUUUGUUUAGGCCUGUUGUAAAUGGGUUUUUUGUUAAGGAAAGAGCUGUGUGGAUUGAGAUGAUUGGGUUGCCUUGUUGUGCAUGGAAUGAUGAUGUCGUUUCUAAGGUGGCUAGCAUGUGGGGUGAUGUAUGUUUUCUAGAUGAUGAUGGGGAUGCUUCAUUGGCAAUCAAGAGGGCAUGUAUUAAGACUUACAAGCCAGGUUUGAUUCAUGAGACAGUUAAAGUGGUUGCCCAAGGUAAUCAAGAAGCUGGUUUUGUAGAUAGAAAAUUUCAUUUCUUUCAAACUAGUGGAAGGAAGAAGAAGGUGGAUAGAUGCUUUGAAGAUGAUGAGUGGGUCAAAUCGAUCCUGGUUGAUGCAUCGGUGAAGUUGCCGACUAGGCCCGAGAGGGAUUCUUCAUCGGCUGAUGAGGAAAUCCGUCAGGGUGGAGUAGUGGGGGGUGGGGCCUCAGAAUCUUUAUCUCAAUCUCCAGGGUUCUAG